AAUAAAGAAGUUGAUCAUUCUUAUGAUCAGUUGUAAUUGUCAAACCGAGCGAAUAGCGAAUACAACAUGAAACUCUACAUACUUAUCCUCAUUACCGCUGUAGUUUUGAUCUGUUCUAAAUCUGUUGCAGGCAAUGGUCAAGAUCAUGAAAAAGAUUCUGAUCAUGACUUCUCGGAUGCUUUAAAUAGCAAUAGCAUUUAUCGCAAUGAUAAACAAGCCACGGUACAUACUAAACAUGAUAAGUUGGGUCCUUUUCACAAAGACACUGUAGUGGUUAAAGAUGCCAAUGGUAAUGUACAGGAGUCUACAAAAGUCUACAGAUCUGGUAGUUCUAAAUUGGACUUAAAUAUUGGAAUUUGUUCCAUUUUAUUAUUUGCGGGGUUUAUGAAUAAAUAUUACUAAAAAAAAUUUAAGAUUUUUUAGGAUAUUUUGAAAAAAAA